AUGGAGGACAACUACAAUGGUGAUGAUGAUCAGAAUAAGGGUGUUUUUAGUGUGUGCACAGAAUCACAAUCAGAUGAAAGGGAUGUUGUUGGUGAGGAGGAGUUGGAGCAGGAGGUUCUAAAAAGGAGGAUCUCAGGCCAUCCACUGUAUGGGCUGUUGAUGGAGAAUCACAUCAACUGUUUGAAGGUGGGGUUGGGUGAAAAUAUUGGAGAAAUUGGAGUCACAGGUACUGAAAAGGACAAGCUCAAGGCCACUGCCAUUCCCACGUCUUCAGACCUUGAUCAAUUCAUGGAAGCAUACUGCGACGCCCUAAACAAGCUGAAAGAAGCCAUGGAGGAUCCUAUAAAAGAAACGACAUCUUUCAUCACUGAUAUGUAUGCUCAACUUGAGGAUCUCAGUGCCUCCAAAAACACCACAUUAACCCGUACACCUCAACUUGAGGAGUUGCAUGCGCGGCCACAUUUGACCGAUUAUGCUGAUGAAAACUGA